ACAAGCCAUGAUGAGAAUAAUCCAAAUAACCAAUGACAAAAAUAAUAAAAAAACAAAGCAAGGCACUGAAGGCAGAUAGCACACCAAAAAAUGUAACAAUGCAAGUUAGAAGAAAGGUGGAGAGGAAACUGGAGGAACGACCGGGACAGGACUCUCGGACUGUAGGGUUCAGACAGUGGAACAGACCUGAGCAGUAAUCAAGACAAAGCUUUUGGCCAAAGCCUCUGCCACAGUAUCAGCCAUGACAGGACUCUCAGGGAUGGCUUGAGGACUGGAGGAAUGGCUGGGACAGGACUGAAGACAGGAGAGAUGGCUGGAAGAAGACUCAGUACUGGACAGGCCAUUGGGACAGGAUCCAGGACUAAGGGAUGGCUGGAACAGGAUUUGGGAUAGGACAUGAGACCCCACCAUAUAGGAAGGUCUACUCCGUCUCUUAAUUACUGUAAUUCUGACACGAUGUGUACUUGGCAUAAUAUAAAGGAAUAUAAUUUACUUGCACAGCUUCUUGCUGGUGUACAAUUCGCAGCAGAGUGAUGAAGAGCUCAAGCUCAAAUACUCAAUGGGUAUGCUUUUUUUCUUGUUUUUUAGAAAAAGGUGGUGUGAUAAUCACACUGGGCACCAAUUGAAAUGAAGUGGGUCUCACACAAGACACCAAAGUAUGUGGUGACUUUUGGUGACGUGUAUGUGUGUGUGGGUAUGAAUAUCAGAUAUCCCCUCCCUCCAUCCUUGAGGCACCAGCAAAUGGACCUUUUUCUAAAUUAGAAAUAUGUAAAUUGUAGUUGGUCAUAUUAUUAAUUUGUAGGACUUGUGAGAUUUGGCCUAACCUUUAGAGCCCUUACUGUAUUAUCAACACAAGGAAGUUUAUUUACAAAAUAAUCAGUUUUAUUUACAAAAAGAUACACAAGAAAAAAUAACAACUACUAAAUGGUUCUAAUAUGCUAAUGGAUAAUAUCAAUUAAUACAUAAAGUGCAUAGGAUGGAAAGAUGAAAGUGGUUGAUUUGGAUGUAGCAAUGGUAAAAUAUGACUAUUACCUUUUGGAAAGAUAAACUGCUGUUUCUCUGUUAAUUAACAAGAUGAAGACCUUAUUUCAAAUUUACCAAAUAACUCAAAGGUUAUUUGCUAGAUAUUUGAGACAUCAGUCAUCCAGUCUAAAACAGCGUUUCUCAAACUGGGGUCCACGGACACCAAGGGGUCCUUUUCAAAUAGCCAGGGGGUCUGUGGAAAAUCCCUGAAUUGUGAACAUUGUGUUGCAGUGUUAGAAUUAAAAAUGAAUAAUAAAAAAAAGCAAUAAAAAAAACUACUCAAUCUAAAGCUAUUGAUUAGUAUAAAAAUACAACAUAACAGAGGUUUAGAACAAUUUAUUCAAACAGCCUAUAUAAAAAAAAAAAGUUGUAUAUUCUGGGAUAAAUAUUGGGGAAAUCCGCUUAUUCCCAUGGUAACAGCCGCAGCGACUUCUCUGGUGAAUGAAUCUUGCUUCAAGAUGAAUUGGGGGAAAUUACCUUUUACACGCAUUACCUACAGGAGUUCCUGCUGAUGACAUUGGACAAUAUCCAUCAUAAAUUGAGACACAGAUCUGUUACUUCAUCUAGUACAAAAAGAGAAGGGGUUUAACAAUGUGCAUUUCAAGUUAUAUAAACCAUUUUGAAUAUUCACAAGCCACAGCUUUCUGACUGUAUAUACUUGUAAUUAUUUUGUUUAAUCUUGCUAGAUAAAGUAUGCUACUGUCAUAUUAUAAGUUAGUAUAAUAUGACGAUUGACGAUCCAACUUCAUGUCAAAUGCAAUCAUAUAUUUCCUAAAGCAGUGACCCUUACUUUAAACAUACCAUCUGUCUAAUAGUGAUGGUCAAUAUUAGUUCAUUUCAUUGCAUUUAUACAGUAUAUAAUUUUCCACUUAAGUAUAACUGUAAUUUAUGUAAUGUAACGCUUCUCACUUUUCCUUAACUUUGUUUUCAAUUGAAUUGGGGUGCCAGACAGUGACCAGCGGUCGACUGUGUGACUGGAAGCUUCUUUCUGUCAGUCAAGUCAUUAUUUCAGUUACAUAUGAAAAGUUAAAAACGCACAAAGGGAGUAUAUGGAAAAUUAUCACAUAAACCACUACCCUUGGAAAAAGUAUCACUCUUCACAAUAAAAGGAAGGAAUAAAGUUCAAAACACUCAGUAUUUGCAGUCUUUUUCAAUUAUAUUGUCAUCAAUUUAAAAUACAAAGCAAUAAUUGUCCCACAAGCAUAAGAGUUAAAACGCUCAAUAAACAACACAUUCCAAAAAAUCAAACACAGAGGAUCCACCAGAGAAUAACAAAGUUCAAUAAUGGAGUCAAAAAGCAGUCAAAGCAGUUUAGUCAACUUUAGUUGGUGAUUUACUUAUUACACUGUCGAUGCUAGUUCCAGACCAAACUUCUAAUUGACUCUUAAAGCUGGACACUGUAUUUGUCCAUAAUACAGGUGUUUACAACUCUGCACUAUCCAAAUCCUUUACACUCGGGAAGCUCUAUUUACACAACCGUAACUUCCUUGCAUCAACAGGUUAGAUAUGUAUCUUCCGCUAUAUUUGACGAUGGGGUACUUUAACCAAAAAACAACAAAACACUGUUUUUGUUAGGGUCCAAAAGCAUGAGUUAGCUAGCAGAGCUAACAUGUGCUGCUUGUCUUUCACACUCUUACAUCUGCCAUCUUGAUUUUCAACAUAUCCUGGUUUAAAGGUGAAAGUAGGGGCGGAGCUAAGAUCGACUCCAUCUUGUUCACUUACCACUAUAGGAUGUUUUUAAUGGAUGAAGGCAAAUUGCAUCUUCUCAUUCGUUUUUUUAUUUUUUAUGAUAUUGACAUGAAAUAAUGUGUUUUGUGAUAGUGAAUGACAGCGUCACACUGCACCCUCCCUGGAAAAGCCGGCCUAAAAGGGAAGGCGCAUAAAUACACAUUAGUUUUCUUUGAGGUCAUGCUCAGUGAAUCAGAGAAAUUCUUCCUCUUCACUGUCCUCCUAGAAUAUUUUUAGCACACAACGUCUUUGUUGUGCCUCAGUUUCCUGAGCCGAGGGAAAAUAAGGCUUCAGUCUGGAGACGUGAACAACUCUUAAAUGCUCUCCGCUUUCCUCUAGAACAAUCUUGUAGUUAAGGGGUCCUAACUUCUCCACUAUCCUAAAGGGUCCUUGCCAUUUUGGAGCAAGUUUGGCAGUAAAAGAUUACUCUGUCUUUGAGUAAGGGUGAGUGCAUAACCAGACUCUGUUGUUCUCCUCAUACACAACUUCUCUCCAUCUCUUAUCAUAAUUCCUUUUUUGUUGUUGCCGAGCUGUAUUAAAUCUUUCCUCAACAUAUUCCUGCAUCUGACUUAAUUCUGACAUUUUCCCAUAGCAAGGAUCAUCAGGAGAAACAUCUCGUGGUUGUAGCAAUACAUCCUUGUGACUUCUGAGGGAGCGAUGAAGAUUUAGCUCAGCUGGUAUUACUCAUGUGGACACAUGAACAGCGGAAUUAAGUGCAAACCUUAACUCUGGUAGGAGCUUAUCCCAGUCCUUGUGAUUGUCACCGACAUAAGAGGCCACCAUAGUUUUAAGAGUUCGGUUGACCCUCUCAGUGAGAUUUGUCUGAGGAUGGUAAGCAGUUGUCAUCAACUGUCCGAUGUUCCACUUUUCCUGAAACAUGGAAGAGACAAACUGCGAUCCUCGAUCGGACAAGAUGUUAUCAGGGACACCUCAUCGAGUGAGCAUUUCUCUGACGAAUACUUUGGAAAUUGUUUCAGCUGUAGUUUUUUGUAGACUGAAGAGCUCCACCCAUCUGGAAUAGUAGUCCACAAAUACUAGCAGAUACAUAUUCCCAGAUGCACUCCUUGGAAAUGGACCCAUCAUGUCUACACUUAGCAUUUCCCAAGAACGCAAGGUUUGCAGUCUUUUGAAGGUCUUAAAGCUGCCAAGAUGUCCAGCUAAAAGGUCUUCAUGGAAGAACUGAAGCAGCUGAGGACAAAGAACUAUGGGGCUGCUGGACUCAUUGGGUGAUAAAUCCACUGAUCAGUCACCAGCCACGGGAGUCUGGGUUCAAGUGUAUGAUGCCUCAACUUUUGGUGUGUGUGUUUCUGAAGGCACACUGCAGCAGUUCUUCACACACACACUCAUACGUGUUCUUACACACCAACCCGCCUUUAAAGUUUCAGAUGCUGUUGCUCUGCAGAGUGAGUGGACGUUUGCUAAAACACCUCCAUUACUGACAACUCUUUUCUGUAAGAUCUGUCUUGUCUUCAGUGUGGACUGUGUUUUGAGUCAGCUGCAGCAAGUUCUAGAGACUCAUGAGGUGAACUGGUGUCACGUUCUUUCAUGUCUGUCAAAUCUGCUGAUAUAUCACUCUCAGACGCAGCACUGCCUCACAGAUCUGUUGUCCAGACUGCUGAGAGCUGCGUUUGACAAUUAUGAUGUGGAAAAGAUGAUCACGUCAUUCCUGUUGGCCCGUCAGGCGUGUCUCGAGGGUCCUGCCGUCUUUCCCUCCUAUAGUGAUUGGUUUAAACUGUCAUUUGGUGGAUCCGGCUCUUAUCAUGGUAACAGCAAGAAGUCCACUGUCUUUCUCCUGAAGUUCCUGUCAGAUCUGGUUCCCUUUGAACCUCCACAGUAUCUGAAAGUUCAUGUCAUGCAUGCUCCAUGCGUUGGAGGAAAGCAUCGUUCUCUCCUGCAGGAGUACAUCACCCUCGCCAAGACCCGACUGACAGAUUUGAAGGUGUCGCUGGAGGACACUGGUAUAUUUGAGGUGGUGAACGGGUCUGCAGGUGUGGUUAAUUGUCCGGCACAGCAGGAUGUUGAAAAAGCUAUAACACUAUUUACGGUCACCAAUAAGAUCCCAGCAACAGUAAUUGAAGCCAGUAUUUUUAGGAGACCAUAUUUCCUGUCUCGAUUCCUCCCUGUGCUCCUCUCACCACGUGUACUUCCUCUGAAGUCAGAUACCAGGAUGAGCUUUAUUGAGGCCUUAAGAAAGGCAGAUAAGAUCCCUGCAGCUCUCUACAUGUCAUACACAGAGUCCUGUCAGAGAGAGAGAGACAGACAGCAGAAAGGUUUGUGUGAGUCUGUGAAGGUUGAGGAAGAUCAUCAGAUGGUUCUGCAGGAACAAUUCAUUUAUUUGAGGAGAAUGUUGACUGAUGGGGCUGCUGACGGUGAUGUUUGUACUCAGCUGUCCAGGAUCUCUCUCACGAUGAGGACUCUGUGUACUGAUGAAGAGACAGCAAGCGAUGUCAUCACACUGAACCUUCAGUUGCCUGAUUCAACAAACACUGCAGUCAUCAGUUUGAUUAUGCAAAACUUCUGUCUGUGUUUACUGGCUGCAUCUAAACUCAACCCUCCAAACAGGCAAGGCUCAUGGGCGAGUGUCUUCCUGAAAAUUCUGUUGGGUCACAGAAAUCUCUUUUCUGCCCUGAUACACAGACUGUGGGAUCUGCUUCAGAACCAGGUGAACACUCUGAGCCUGACUCAUGUGCUGGGUUUGGCAGCACUGUUGGUUGAACUGCAUUACUACAGACACAUGUGUCCUCAGAUGCAGGUGAUGUGGCCGUCUGCAGCUGCUCUCUCUGUGUCUGAGCUUCUAUCUGAUGGCCUGAUCUGCUCCACACGCUCACACAUGGCUUUCUGCCUCAGGUUCUGUGUGGCUGUUCUCUCUUAUGGGCUGUGCAGAGCCAACACUCAGUCAGAAGAACUCCAGAAUUUCAUACCAGAAAGACUUUAUAAAAAGGCUCUUUAUCUGAUCCCCAGACUCAUCUUAGAGACUCGAACACACAUGAGCGAUGAAUGUGACUCUGAUAUGAACACAGAUAUGUCUGAUCUCACUGGAAGAAUGAAAGACGCAUCUAUAGCUCUGUGGCAAAACAAACAGAUCAAAUCCCUGCAGAAACACUAUCAGCUGUCUUUCUCUGAGUGGCUCUCUGCUGAACUUCAUGUACUACGCAGCCAAGAUGCACUGACAGAUCCAGAAAGGCAGGAGUAUGAGCAGUGGGCAUGCGAACAGUUUUAUCUGCCCAAAUCUGUGAGUGAUGGAGGCUGUGGAGGAGAUGUUACGCGAGCCUGCGCUCACAUCAUCACUGCUGUUCUAGACCAGCACACAGUAUCACAGACAGCAGAGAGUUCCUCUGAACACACGGAUAGCUGUCUGCCUGACCUGCUGUCUCUCUUACAGGUGUUACUGUAUGAAGUGGCAGUCACUCAGCAAAACACAUCAGACAAUGAGGGUCACUUCCUCUGGGACCUGAUUGACAGCAGGUGCUCUGUGACCCCUGACACUGAAAGCAUAAGAUAUGAGCUGGAAUAUCAGAAAACUCUCCAGAAUGUCAGCCGGGUACUUGUGAUGGUUCCUGCUGUCCUUCUGGUGAGAGUCAGAACAGACGGAGCAGGAAGAAAAACUCUGGAAUGCUGUCGACUGAUGAAACACAUUAAUGAUGCCCAGAGGAGGGUGUGUUUUCCUGCUGAUUUCCUGUCUCUUAAGCUCACGGCUCACUUCCUCAAAGCGGUUGUGAGUGUGAGCGUGAGCUGUGAUCAUCCGGCUGACACAGUGAAUGCGUCUCUGUCUCUCUUCUGCGCUCAGUGUCCACUGCUGUUGUUGUCAGCUGUGCGCUGGUGGACGCGUCUGUCGUCAGUGUUAAGCUGUCAGUGGAAGCGUUUGACUGGACGAGACACGCUGCCUGAACAGCUGCAGAUACUGAGCGAUUGUCACAGCUGGAGCAGAUGUGUGAAUUGGGAGCUCGUAUUGUCACCUCCGUCAGCUCCGUCGUGGCUGCUGGCUGCCUGUCUACACAGUGUUCUGGAGAGAUCAACCUGUGAGAUUGAGAACAUUAAACUAGCAUUCAGACAGCUCAAAGAGACAGACAGACAGGUUUUGCUCUUCUUGUUUCUCUACAGUGUGAUGAAGCUCAUCUCUGCUCACCUGGAAACACAGGGUGUGGCGUGUUUGAAGCGUGCCAGAGAGUUCAGUGUGAGCAUUUUCACUCAUCUGAUAGAUGAUUCUGAUUGGCUGCAGCUUUUUGAUGGGUCUGGAUCAGAUCACAGACUGUCUGAUUUCACGUCUCAUGUGAUGUCAAACCAGAUGAUCAGACUGAGGCCGUUUGCCUUUUACAGCAUUCUCUCUGGUGUGGAGUCUGAGGUUCUGAUGCGAGCAGUCCGAUCCAGUGGAUUCCUCUAUAGCGCUGCCAUAUCUUACAAAGAGCUCAAUAAACUCUUCCUGAAUGCUCAGACCGGUGAUGACUCACAGGAGCAGACUCUGCUGGAGUCUCGGCAGGUUCUGAUGAAGUGCAUCUCGCUGAGUUCACCAGACAUCCUGACGCUAAGCCAGAAAAGAAAGCUGCAGUCAGAGUUUGAGCAGCUGGAUUCAGAGAUUUUAGCAGCAUUCAUCACCUUCAGCUGCGACACACACUUCACAUGAGACUUCCACAGCUGCAGGAUGCUUGAAAAACAUUAUCACAUCUACAAGAGACAUACACACGUCAUAUGAUAAUGAGUAACACACACCUGUGUACUGAACUUUUCAUGUAAGCUGUUAUUCUCAAUAAACAGAAAUUCUUCA